UGGCAACAUUGUUAUUAAUUGUUCAGCGAAGAAUACGCUUGAUAAGAAGUAUUCACGCAAAUUAGGUAAACGAGGGAUUUUACUGGCAAAUUUUCAAGUAAACACCUUGUAAAAAACUCGCGGAGUUUCAUUCCAUUAAAAUGACCAUCGGAACUAGUGCUUUGCGUACGCAGCUAAUGGCCCUGGCCAACUUUUCUGGCACUCACAAAGAGCAAGCAGACAAGUACCGGCAAUUGUUAGUAAUGGUGCUCAAUAACACUGGGAAUGAGCUGGUGGAUACGCUUAAGCUCUUCGUAGAAGCUAUUGUCAAUGAGCAUGUCAGCUUGGUAAUUUCACGACAAAUACUUAAUGAUGUCAGCAACUCUUUGUGCAAGUUGUCCGAUGAUAUUUCGCGACAAGUGUCCCACUUCACGUUGGAAAAGGUGCAGCCACGAGUCAUAUCCUUUGAGGAGCAAGUAGCCGGUAUUCGCCAGCAUUUGGCUGAUAUCUAUGAGCGCAAUCAGCAAUGGCGAGAUGCUGCCAAUGUUUUAGUUGGUAUUCCACUGGAAACAGGGCAAAAACAAUAUCCGGUGGGCUACAAACUAAAAACUUACCUUAAAAUAGCCAGCCUCUACUUGAAGGAUGAUGAUUCUGCACAAGCAGAGUUUUAUAUAAAUCGCGCUUCUUUGUUACAGACAGAGACCACUGAUGAAGAAUUGCAGGUGCUCUACAAAAAGUGUUAUGCCCAUGUGCUAGACUACCGUCGUAAAUUUAUUGAAGCAGCACAACGUUAUAACGAGCUAUCGUACCGCAAAACGAUGAGUGAAAGCGAUCGCAUGGAUGCAUUGAGGAGUGCUCUUAUUUGCACCGUACUAGCUUCUGCUGGACAACAGCGCUCACGUAUGCUAGCCACACUUUUCAAAGACGAACGUUGCCAACAAUUGCCAGCAUAUGCUAUAUUGGAAAAAAUGUAUUUGGAUCGUAUUAUAAGACGUUCAGAGCUCAAGGAAUUCGAAGCUCUCUUGCAGCCGCAUCAAAAAGCUAUUACAGUUGACGGUUCUUCUAUAUUAGAUCGUGCGGUAUUUGAACACAACUUGCUGUCCGCUAGUAAAUUGUAUAACAAUAUUACAUUUGAAGAAUUGGGUGCACUGCUGGAUAUAACGGCUGCGAAAGCUGAAAAUAUUGCUUCGCAAAUGAUUACCGAAGAACGUAUGAAUGGACAUAUAGAUCAAAUUUCAGGACUUGUUCAUUUCGAAAGCCGCGAGGUGCUGCCCCAAUGGGAUCGUCAAAUUCAAUCGUUGUGCUAUCAAGUGAAUUCUAUUAUUGAAAAGAUUGCAGCGGCUGAGCCAAACUGGAUGACGAAUACAUUGGAUUCUAUGAAUUGAUUUGACUAGUCUUAACGGAGAUUCUAUAAAUACUUUUUACUUGUGUUUGUAACUGCGAUAAUACCGCUUUGUUUUGAAGGCAUCGCUUGUAGCAUUGAAUUUAAUAAAAUUGCAAACCUUAAUACCAGAA